GCUAGCAAUGAAGGAGGAGCCUCACCUACCAGUGCUCCUCCACCCUCUUUCUCUUCUUUUCUCUUGUCUUGUCUUGUGUUGUGCCUUCAUAACCCCCCCUUCCUUCAUUUGUUCCCUUUUAAGCCUCCUUCAUUCUCCUCUCUCUUCUUUCAAAAACCCCUCCUUCUCUCCUCCCUCUCUCAUUCUCUUCUCUUUCUACAACUAAGACUAAAACUACCUCUCUCCUCCUCCUCACUCACACACCUUUCAGUUUGAGCUAACAUACACAAGCAAAGGAGUUUCCUUUUGUAGCUUCAGGAAAAAAAUCUCUCCGUUGCAGAGAAAAUGGUUGGACCAAACUUCAUGGACGAGCUAGACUGCGGCAACUUCUUCGAUCACAUCGACGACCUCCUCGACUUCCCCGUCGAAGACGUCGACGGUGCCGGAGCCGCCACAUUUCCCGCCGCCGCAGCCGCCGGGAACUGCAACUCGCUCGCCAGUAUAUGGCCUCCGGAGACCGACUCGUUCCCCGGCUCCGACUCGGUGUUUUCCCGCAACAGCGCCUCAGACCUCUCGGCGGAGCUUUCAGUUCCGUACGAGGACAUUGUCCAAUUGGAAUGGCUGUCCAAUUUUGUGGAGGACUCUUUCUCGGGUGGGAGCCUCACCAUGAAGAAGGUGGAGCAGCCAUCCUGCACCACCAAGGAUGACUCUGCUCACAACCAAUUCCAAACAUCCAGCCCGGUUUCUGUCCUGGAGAGCAGCAGCUCAUGCUCGGGCAGCAAGGUGCCGCCUCGCAGCCCGGAGGUUUACAUUCCUGUGCCGUGUGGGCGUGCACGCAGCAAGCGUCCACGCCCGGCGACAUUCAAUCCUCGUCCAGCCAUGCAGCUCAUCUCCCCUGCCUCAUCCUUUGUUGGGGAAAACAUGCAGCCAAAUGUCAUCUCGGCCACCAAGGCUUACUCGGAUUCCGAGAAUGUUGCCGAGUCUCAACCAGUUAUGAAGAUGCCGAAGCAAGUUUCCGGGGAGCCCAAGAAGAAGAAGAAAAUCAAGGUGACGCCUCCAUCACUAGGCCAAGCUGAUGAUUCAAACCAGAAUGCUUCACAGCCAGUUAGGAAAUGCAUGCAUUGUGAGAUCACCAAGACACCUCAGUGGAGGGCAGGGCCAAUGGGGCCAAAAACACUCUGCAAUGCAUGCGGCGUUCGCUACAAGUCCGGCCGGCUUUUCCCCGAGUACCGGCCAGCCGCCAGUCCAACUUUCUGCCCAUCCUUGCACUCCAAUUCCCACAAGAAGGUCCUUGAAAUGAGAUGCAAGGGCAUUGAAAAAUCCGGUUUUGCAAAUCAUCAUGCAGAUGCCUCACCAGAACUCAUUCCAAACACUAACAGCAGCCUUACCCUGGAGUACAUUUGAGGGCAGGGGAAGUGAUCCUAAUUGGAGAGAUUGUUUCUCUUUACAUUACCUUCCUCUUAGAGAGUCAUGGUCAUAUGCUAUUUCUUAUUGAUAUUUCAUUUCUUUUAAUUGGUUUUUGUACAGGGUUGGAAUGGGGGAAUAGGAACAAUAGAUUAUGAUGAUCAUAUUUUAGCAGUUAGGGUAAGAUUGUAAUGAGGACUUAAGAAGAAAAGAGGGGUUAUGGAAGUCAAAAGGGUAGGGCUUUAGGUCUAGUAAUUGGUAGGUCCCUUAAGGUUAUAUUAGGAGUUGGUGUCUCCGUUGUCUUUUUUUUCUUUUGGCAUUCUUUUCAUUUUUUCUUCUCUCUUUUUAAAUAUCCCUGUUGUGGGAAUUCUUUUUGCAGUUCAUUUGUAGCAAAAAUUCUGAGUUGAGUAAGAAACUUUUAAAUUUGUUA